CGAAUACCUGGUGCUGGGACACCCUUCCUUGACGAAAUUCAUCGACCCGUAGACUUCUGUCGUUAGAAAUUUUUACCCUCUGCAGACUCAAUCACUCCACAUCAACUCAUUUUUCACGAAACGAAAAUGCUUCCCCUUCGUGCUUAUACUUUCAUCGGACUCAAUGCCGUGCGCGCAUUGAGCGUUAUCGCGAUGAUACUUGUUUUCUCAAGCAGCAUCGAAGUCAUGGUCACGAAUAUUAAGGCUGUUAACUAUUACGAGGCUCACAAGGGUGAAAAUAAUACUACUAUGUCUGCCAUGAACAUGGAUUACAUUGCUGGAAGCACUGUCCCUAAUCAACCCGCCGGAAUCUUUUGGGCCGUCGUUUCUAGUCUUUUGAUUAUCUUUCAGACGGUCAUCCUCAUUUUAUCCGAGUGCAGUUGGCCUAUCUCCUUCUUUGACCACUUCUUCCCUGUUCUUGGCUCCGGCUUUGGGACCGGAGCAUUAGGUAUUUUCCAGUGCUUAAUCGGUGCCCAAAUCCUAUCCCACCAUGUUGACGAAUUCACCCUCGUGUCAGCCUUCUUCCUCUUUUCACUCGGCUGCCUCAAUAUGCUCCUCGGUCUCAUCUUCCGCGAAUCCUUAAAAUCCAAGCGCUCCAUCACCUCAUGGCGCUCUGAAUCUAAAGCCGUCCUUCCGACCAUCCAUGACCCUCGCCCUGUGUUUGUGAACGUCACGCCCGCUUAUACCGGCAACAGCGAAAAGCCCCAACUCGCAUCCGAGUUUGGAUCCAUCAGAAGCACCGACAAGUCGGGGUAUGGGUUCGGACGACAGGGGGAGAAGGCUGCUGGAUUAAGAGGAUUCAUUCUUCAGAGACCCGAAGAGUCUUUGCCGAGAUACGUUUCUCCGACUCCCCCGGCAUCGCCACCAACUGUCCACGUCGCUCUCGCGAGGAAACCUUCAACGACCUCAAGCUUCGCUUCUCCUGAGCCCGCGCGCGAGAGUAUGCAGAGUGCAUCUCAUUACGAUGAUGAUGAGCGUUCCACGGUCGCCGAAGAGGAAGAUGAUGAAGUUAUUCGUCAGCACAGACCGCCCGUGUUCAAGUCCAGUCGUACCGCCCUGUAAAAGCCAGGCUGCUUUUUUCAUCGGACUUGUAGGUUCAUUAAAGUUACAUUGUACCUGCUUGAUAUAUCAGGCUUAAUUGUCGAAUA